AUGAGCGUGUUUCAAUUGCCUGUGAAGAUUUGCAAUGAACUAAAUACUAUGUGUGCAAGAUUUUGGUGGGGUCAGAUAGAUAGUGAAAGGAAGAUCCAUUGGAAGAGUUGGGAUUUACUUUCUCAACCAAAGAGAGAAGGCGGCAUGGGGUUUAGGGAUAUCCAAAGUUUCAAUUUGGCAAUGCUAGCCAAGCAAGGAUGGCGGUUACUACAAGAAAAGGAAUCACUGCUUUAUAGGUGUUUCAAAGCAAAAUAUUUCCCAAGGUGUAGUUUCUUGGAGGCAAUGGACAAACUAAACAGUUCCUACAUGUGGAAGAGCUUAAUGGCGGUCCAUCCAAUAUUGAAGAAUGGAUGUUGCUGGAGGGUUGGAAAUGGGGCUGAGAUUAAGGUCAUGAAAGACAAAUGGAUCCCUAACUAUACAACCAAUAGGGUGCUUCACCCACCAGAGGAAGAAGAGUGGAAAUGGAGGGUGUGUGAGCUAAUAGAUUGGUCAGCCAAAACGUGGGAUUGUCAACUGAUAGACCGUAUAUUUCAUAGAGAGGAUGCAGAAGCCAUCAAGCAGAUUCCUUUGAGUCGUCGUAAUAUUCCUGACAGAAUUUUCUGGUUGCACAUGGGAAAGGGAGAAUUUUCAGUCAAGUCAGGGUAUCACGUGGCUAGGCAACUCAAGCAAGCUGAAGACAUGAGGGGGGCGAGCUCUCAGGCAAAGGUGCACUCUACGAUGUGGACCAAACUAUGGCAUCUGCACAUCCCAAAUAAGAUUAAGGUAUUUGGGUGGCAUGCGUGUCAUGAUAUCCUUCGUAUUCGGGAGAAUUUGGUCCGAUGA